AUGAAGACCACCAUCGCCGUGCUCACCGCCUCAAUGGCCACCGCCAUCCUCGCCCAUCCCUUCGACACCCGCUCCCAGCAGUGCAACAUCGCCCCCUCCGCCACUCCCUCCACCAAAAUCCAACCCCUUUCCACUCCAACUGCCUCCACCGCCCAGGCUUGCCAGAAGCUCUGCACCGCUCACGCCUCCUGCAAGAGCUUCCUCUUCGGCUUGCCCGCUGACGCCAAGGCUCCUGCCUGCAAGCUCUACUCUGUCCCUGCGGCUCAGGUUCCCAGCCAGGGAAAUAACUUGUAUGUGUUUGACAAGGCUUGCUCUGAGAAGGCUGUGCCCAACACCAAGCCUACGCAGGAUAAGCCGCGUGGUGAGGUAAAGGUUAGGGUUGAGAGGGAUGAUGAGCCUGAGGGUAAGCCUCCUGUCGAUGGCCAACCCCCCACUGGUGAGAAGCCUAAGGGCAAGGCUCCUCAGAACCCUCCUCACAACAGCAAGAGAGACAACAAGCCUGAGGGCAAGCCUGAGGACAAACCCCGUGUCGGUGACAAGCCACCCAAGAACAAGGCUCCUAUCAACCCUCCCAACAACAAGAGGGAUGAGAAGCCUGAUGGCAAGCCUCCUGUCGACGGCCAACCCCCUGCUGGUGACAAGCCCAAGGGCAAGGCUCCUCAGAACCCUCCCAACAACAAGCGCGGCAUCAAGCCCGAGGACAAGCCCCAUGGUGACGACAAGCCCAAGGCUCCUCUCCCUCCCAAGGACAAGGACUCUGGCAAGCACAACUAA